UGUGUUUGUGAUAGCGCCUGCCAAAUGGAGACUGACAAUUGUUUAUUAACAUGUAGUGGACAUGGUACCUGUAGUGAAUCCGAAACAUGCGUUUGCUAUGACCAGGACACGGGAUACAAUGCUGAGGGCUUCUGGGGUGAUCAUUGUGAGAUACAGAAAUGUCCCGGAAUGUUAGAAUCCUGUAGUGGACAUGGUCAGUGUAUUCAAGGUGACUGUAGCUGUGACGAGGGCUGGAGAGAAAACAAAACAUCGUGCCAUAUACCUGAUUGCCCGGGAACCCCAGAUUGUAAUGGUCGUGGAAAUUGCAUAACAACGGGGGUGUUACCAUCUUGCGAAUGUCACGAGGGUUAUAUGGGCAUACAGUGCGAGUUUGAAUGUUUGUAUGGAAAUGUUACAGCAGACUUCACUUGUGAUUGUUUCCCUUGCUAUACAGGUGGUGCAUGUAAGGAAACCUGCAACGGUCAUGGCAGCUGUUUUGAAGAUACAUGCCAGUGCGAUGCAACUUACUGGGGAGAGUUUUGUGAAGAUUCUGGAUGUCCAGGAACGGGUUCAAGUUGUUCUGGACAGGGGUCAUGUAGUAUCAGCAAAAAGACUUGCUCUUGUAAUAACUACUGGAAAGGAGAAGGAUGUGAUGUCUGGGACUGCCCUGGUGAAAUAGACUGCAAUGAUAGAGGGGUGUGUGAUGGUACGACAGAAUGGCCACCAAAAUGUGUGAACUGUACCGACUCCAUGGGAUCAUCUUGUCAUUUGGAUUGUAUCCAUGGAAACGAAUAUCCAGAAGAUUCCUCUAUAUGUCAGUGUGAACCAUGCUACCAUGGCUCUGAUUGCAACACUUUGUGCAGCGAUGUUGGCUACUGCAGUGACUCCCCAUCUACCAUAGGUUGCGAAUGCAAUGAGGGGUACAAAGGGACAUUUUGUGAAGAGUUAAACUGCCCAGGGGAUCCCGACUGCUCUGACCAUGGCAAAUGCAGACGUGACACUGAGAAGAACAUCUCUGUCUGCACAUGUAACGCUGGAUUUAAGGGUGACGACUGCUCGGAAUAUUCUUGCCCGGGAGUGAUAGGAAAUAAGUCCUGCAAUGGCAAUGGUGAAUGUGUGUUACUAAGUAUAGCACCACAGUGUGACUGUAACCAUGGAUUUACUGGCCAAGCUUGUGACAUGUGUGUACAAAAGUUUGCUGGAGACAAUUGUGAAAGGUGUGAAGAGAACUAUAUUGGCUAUAAUACAACAUGUAGCAAGUUCUGUUCACAUGGAUAUGCAACAGUUGAAGGCGGAAGUAUAUGUGAAUGUUAUGACGAUGAUACAAACGGACAUUGGAUGAAUCCUAAUGACGGAUGUGAUGUCUGUGUGCCAGGCUGGAGACCUCCAUAUUGUGUAGUUUGUGCAGACAACUUUGUGGGGCCAAAAUGUGACAUUCAAUGUAUGGACGAUCAAGGUCGUUUUGUUGAUGAUGCAGAUGGUGAUGAAAUAACAUAUGCCAUUGUACCUCUAUUCAGAUGCCUUGAGGAAGUUGAUACAAAUUUGUAUAAAGCAUGGUUUGGAUAUAGGAAUCCAAAUCCGAAUAACGUCUAUAUAACAUCCAAGAGUGAAAACACCGUAUAUUACAAUGGUACCGAGAUUUCCGACCAGAAACAUCCAACUAAAUUCAUACCUUCUAGGCAACUACCUGAAGUUGAAUACUCGUUCUUCAUCGGGCCAGCGAAUAUGUCAGAAAUAAUGUUGUACACAUGGGGAGUAAGUACCUUAAAAGUACAAGCAAAUCUUUAUGCAGACGUAGACGAAACAAUCGUGUGUGAAAACCUACCUAUAUCAAGUGAUGAGCUUCCAGAGGUAACAGGAAAGUGUUCGUGUAUCCAUGGCUACUUUGGGGAAUCAUGUGAUGGACAAUGUCCAGGAGGCGGAUCAAAUCCAUGCUACGGAAAAGGCUCUUGUAACACAACAUCUGGAGAAUGCACAUGUAUUGAAGGGGCUGAUCAAAGUUCAAAUUGUGAGAACUGCAGAGAUGGAUGGAUAGGUGAUGACUGCAAAUUUGCGGGUACAAAACCAGAUCAAUCAAGUGAAUGGAAAACUGGAAUGGUAUAUGGAUAUGGGCAUUUCCAAACAUAUGACAGUUUGAAAUAUGACUGCAAUGGAAUCGGUCAAUACUUACUCACUAGCCUUAGACUUGCAACCUCCCAGGUCCUAGAUGUUUCUGUUCUCAGAGUAAUUGGGGCUAAUAUAGCUCCAAUAGCUGUUACAAAUGCAGUGGCCAUGUCAGUAGGAGGGACUAAUGUUGUUAUACAAGCAAAUGAGGAACAGGGUUUUUCUGUUUGGUUAAAUGAUGAGUCCAUUCAGGUAGGAAGUGGAAUUGUAUUGGCCCCAGAAGUUGAGUUGUUACAGCAAUCUCCCACUGGUUUUCUUCUGACUGCUUCAUCUGAUUUAUUCAUAUAUAUAGACCUAAAACAGGGAUAUAUUGAUGUAACUGUGAAUGCAAAAGACUCCAUUUGUCAAACUGGUAGCGGUUUAUUAGGGCUGUGUGAUGGAAACAUCAAUAAUGACUUAAAGUUAUCUGAUGGUAAUAUUUUACUUGAAGGAGACUCUGAUUAUCAGCUUACAUAUGCAAAUGUUGAAGAUAAGUUUGUUCAAUCUUGGCUUACAAAUGAUGAUGUAUUUAGUAAUGUUCUUUCUGGUUUCAAUGGCGUGGCAGGGGAUACAUGUCUUAGUAUCCAUUCAAGUCUGAUAGAAAGUGGGGAUGUGCACUUCUUUACUAAGUCAGAAAUCACAGUUGACAUUUUAUUUAACCUUGAAUCUGCAUCUGAUGAUUGUGCAACUCUUUGGUCAUACAAAAAUUCAGAUGGUGACAUAUUUUCCACACUUGUUUGUGGUGAAAAUCUUGCAUAUGAAACAUUUACUUCAACAGACAUAAGACAGAGAUCACUAGGAAUUGAGAUAGAACUUGCAAAAUGGUACAAAUUAUCUGUUGUCUGGACACGCAGUGACCAUACAAUUUUCUUCUAUCUGAUUGAUGAAUCAAUUAGCGUCACAAGUGAUUAUGUUUCUGACGAUGACUUUCUGUUGGAUGUCUUUAGUCCAGGAGGUGUGUUCACUCUGGGACUCGUUCCUGAUUGGUUAAUACAUGGCUUUAAUGGACAUAUCGAUGAUUUUGCUGUUUGGAAAUCUUCAUUUGGUUUUAAUGAAAUCGUAAACAAUGCAUUCAAAUACAAUGAUAUAUCAUCAAACCCCGACAUUGCUUAUAUCUGGAGAUUUAAUGAAAGAAGUGGAUUCAUGUCUGAAGAUUCAUCAGAACGACAUAUACCAAUGUCUUGGCAAGAUGGAAAUUGGGCUGACAUCCACUGGUCUGUCUGCGACUAUGAGAUGACAUAUAUAUCAGCAGAAAAUAUCAAAGAUAUGCUGAUUUCAGAUUCUCCAGCUAGCCAUAUCGAAGAAUGUGAGUCCAUCAUUGAUUCAAUACAGGAAAUAGACCAAAUUACUGAUUCAGCAAGGUUAUUAUUUUUACAAGAAUGUUUAAUGGCAAAAGCUGUGAGUGAUGAGGAAGUAGAACCGGCAGAUAUUCUAACCCCAAUCAGUGAUGCAUUGCAACCAAACAGAACUGCAGAAGAUUAUCCUUUAAAAGAGCUUUGUAAUGAUUAUGGUAGUGGUUCAAAUUGGUAUGGGCCAAAUUGUGACAAAAUGUGCAUUUGGGGUGCGGGCAAAUUUGAUUCACAAGAUGAUAAGUGUUAUUGUAAUCAUGGUUACUAUGGAAGCAGUUGUGAAAAGCAGUGUACAGUAGCAAGAGGAAAACCUUGUGGUGGUGGGAUAUGUGAUACAGUUACAGGGUCCUGUGAAUGCUCCUCAGAAAAAUUUGAUCCUUUAAACGGAUGCAGUACAUGUGCUAGUGGAUGGAUUGGAGAAGACUGUUCGUCUGUUGCAGCCGAACUAUCUAGUUCUUUGUCAGAAUAUAUUGGAAUGUGUUUUAGCCAGGGAAAUUGUGUCAUGUUUGAUGGCCAGGGCUUCAAUCUUAAGGAACCAGGAGAGUACCUGUUGUUUGAAAAGGUAUCAGAAACCUUGUCUAUUUAUGUUCGUAUGCGACCAUGUGCAGGUUGUAAAACUUGUAUUCAGCAAGUUUGGAUCAAGAUGGCAUCAGAUGAUUUCACAAUUAAAGUCCCACUCACUGAAAACCAGCCUAUAAUACUAGAACACAAUACAAAUAUAGUCACCAUAUUAAGCCUUGCAACAUAUGACAUCAAUGAUGUUGCAGCCAUUUCUUGGAUUGACAAAGUGACUCUUCAAUUUGUUCAAAAUGAAAUAGCUGUCAAUGUUACCUAUAUCGCUAGCUCACCAUAUCUGUCAGUAUAUGUAAAGACACCAUGUGCUGCCAAUGAUCAGACAGGUCUGCUUGGAAAUUGUAACUUAGAUGUUAAUGAUGACUUUUUAAGCAUCUCAGGGGACCCUGUUCAGUAUAAUGAAAUAAGCGAUCAGUUUAUAGCAAAGGAAUUUUCAGGUCAUAUUCAAAGGGAUGCUUUAAUAGAAAGCAAAUUUAUAUAUUCGUACCCGAAUUUGACAACAGAAGAACCGAAAGACAUGACUCAAGGAUAUAGUCUCCUUUUUACUGGCGGUUAUGCAAUGUCAGGCAGGGUACCAACACAUUCUUUUAAUAGUGAAAAUAUGUUUGAUGUUUCUGUAGAAGUGCAAGUGAAAACUUUUUCAGAAAGUGGUCUUAUACUUGGUUACUACCAAGCUGAUUCAGCUAUUCAGUUCAGUCUAUUCUUUGAAAAUUUACAACCUAAAAUUCUUAUCUAUGGAAAUGAGUAUCAGAUAGACUUUCCCUUAAUAAUUGAUAAAUGGUAUCAUAUUAUUGUAACAUUUGAUGUUAUUAACAAAACAAUACAAUCAUUCUUUUACUCUGAUAAAAUAUUAGAGUUUGAACAACUAUUUCCAGCAGGUGAACUCUUGUUUCCCGGGGCUGGUAAUUUUUUCCUUGGAGACUGGCCAAUAGACCCUCCAAUUGCUUUUCAUCCUUUCAAUGGUCUAUUUGGACAACUUAGAGUUUGGAAUAUUUAUUUAAACACUUUAAAAAUAUAUCAGUUGGUGAAUGAUGCUAAUAUUGAAACUGUUGAAGGUUUAGUGAUGGAUUACUCCUUUGUUGAAGGGUUUGGGUAUGAGACAAAAGAUUCUAGGCAAGGCAUUGAAAUGAUUAUAUCUGAACUUGAUAACGAGGUGGCAUGGAUAGUGUCGGAUAAAGCAGGUAGUCCUUUAAUUACAGAUGGUUGUUCAGCAUCCACUGAUGUAGUUAGAACGGAAAAAUGUGUCAAGAUAUUUGGAACAGAAUCAGUUGCAUUAGCUUGUAAUGGAUUGGGUGUUGAUUUCUCUACGUUUUUUAUUGAUGCAUGUAAAAGUGAAGAUAGUUAUAUUCCAGGGCUAGUAGCUUAUAUAGUAUUUUGUAAAUCUAAUCUUACACCAGUGAAUAAUCCACUUGAUGAUCUGUGUUCUGAUCACAAGGCUGAACAUUAUGACAGUUUAUGUGGUUAUUUUUGUUUGGAAGGAACUCCCUCCGAUAAGGGUUGUGUCUGCAACGAAGGAUUUUGGGACUGGAACUGUGCACAGAUAUGCCCUAACCGUAUAGGGUUAAGCAACAAGCCAUGUUUUGCACAUGGAUCAUGCGAUUCUAAAGAUGGAUCUUGUAUCUGCUUUGCAGGUUUUGAUCCAAACAGUAACUGUGAAAAUUGCACUUCUUCCUUUAAAGGAGAGCACUGUGAUCAGUCUGACACCAAUAAUGGAGGAUCACUUCAGAGGCCAACAUGUCAGAUAUUUCGCUCACUUCAAGUUAAAAUGUUUUCUGGAGAAAUCUUUUCGCUUUUAGUUGCAAAUGAAUGGUACAUACUAAAUCCAUCAAAUGAGAGCUUUCCUACAGUUAAAGGUCGUACAGUUAAGUGUGGCAAAAAUAUUUGUUUAAAUUCCCUGCAAAUUACUUAUAAUUUAGAGACAAUUAUUAUUAAUGGCACAGAUAAAGAAACUGACCGAAUUAAAGUAAAUGGAAAUAACGAUCCUACUUCAUCAGUGAAUUUUGUGUAUAUAGAAAAAUCUGAAAGUGUUUUUGUUCUUAGAAGGAAGAAGUCAAAAAUGGAUUAUUUUGUCAAUUUCCGUAUACGAUUCAAAAGUAACGGCUAUCUUGCAGUUAUAAUAAAAACCGAUUGUGAAACUUGUGCUGGAGUGUCUGCAUGUGCAAGAAAUUUAUCAGAUUCAAAUACAUACGCGCCCAAUGAUGUACAGAGUUUUUCUGAAAUAAUUGUCUCAGCUAAUGAUCAAUCGCUACCAGAUAAUAUAAAUGAACCAACAACCACUGCUGGAAGCAGUUUAAGUUUUGGGUCACAGUCUGACUACAUUCCGGAGGAAGGCAUUAGUGUUGCUGUACCAGCAAAUGGAGAUCAUUUUUCAACAAUAUCAACUAAUAUUCUUACAAAUGUGCUGACACCAGAACAGAAAAGCACUAUUAAGCUCAGUAUUAAACCUGAAAAUGAAAGUUCAGGGGGAGUUUUUCAGUAUGUUGGAGACUCACAAUUCGCAAUUUUACUUGAUAACAAUGAAAUUAAAGUUCAGGCAGCUACCAAAUUGAUAAACACAUCUUUAGUUUUACCUGCAAACGAAUGGGCAGAUAUUCAAAUAUCUUUUGAACCUGUCGGCGAAACAAUAACACUAGAUGUCUUCAAUCUUAAUACUGGUACAAAGGAAACAAAAGUAUUUACAGUACCAAAAGAGUGUUUUGCAGAUAAUGGGAUAAUUGUUUUAGGAAAACCGGUUGGUACUUCUGGAUAUAGCCUUCCAACUGAUGGAUCUUUUUACGGAGAGAUAGAUGAUGUGUCUAUACAUGCAGAUGGAAAUGAUGACCCAUUAUUUGAAUUGAAAUUUGAUGAAAAUGAAGGGACACAAUUAGUUGACACUUCACCUAAUGGCAAUGAUCUUUCAAUUAAUGAUCCAUAUGGGAGAGGAACUGUUCAACGUACCUUUUCAACGAAACCGGCUCCUGAAAUUGAAACAAAUUUAUAUUCUGGGUUUGAAAAUUCAGAAACAUACACAGCUGCAGUUGAAAUUUGUAGAGAAAUCUUUACGACAAUUGAAUCGAAGUGUUCUGCUCUUGGUGAUUCAACAGAAGAUGUAUAUAAAACAGGAUGUGUAGAUGAAAUUUCUAAAUAUGGAAAUGAUGAAAAUGUUGCAAGACAGGCAGCUCUUUACUAUAGUGAUCUUUGCUUUUAUGAGCUAAAUGAUGUUGAUCAAGAUGAUGACAUUAAUGAAGAGGGUGGUGAUGACCCUUCUAGACUUUUAUGUAAAGAUAACUUUGUUUCUCUGGGAUAUGUAGGUUCCGAUUGUGAUAUAAAAUGUGUCCAUCCUGAUCCAGAGACUGACGGACUAAGCUGCAUUUGUAAACCUGGUUAUUGGGGUCAGUAUUGUGAUCAGGAAUGUCCUGGUGGUGCUCACAAUGCAUGCAACACACAUGGGUUUUGUGAUUCGGCUUCGGGAGUGUGUACAUGCAGUUCCAACUUUAAUGGGAACGAUUGUUCUGAAUGUAAUACAGGAUGGUAUGGUCCAGACUGUUUUGCUAUGGUACAAGAUUCUUCUUUCACCUCAGACAAAUAUUCAGCUUUUAUAGCAGGCAACAGCAAUUUAAAAACAUUUGACGGCGCAUAUGUUAAAUUUAAUAAUAGAGAUAAACCAUGCAAUUUGUUCUCAGAUGACACCAUUCAGAUAGAGGCCCAAAUGGGACCUUCAAGCAAAUACACAAGUUCCGUUAAAGCACUUGAAUUUGCAGUAGGUGAAGAACAGCUGACCAUUUUACCUUAUAACUCUGGAACUGUAAAAUUAAAUGGAAACGAAAUUGCUCUCGGUACAGUCACACUAGCAUCUGGUUUCACUAUACAAAAACAAUCUUUAACUGAUAUUGUCAUCACAGGCCCAGAUAAUUUUGAACUAAGUUGUUCAGUUCAAUCAGAGGACAGUAUUGGUGUACACAUGACAGUUAAGAAGUCGGAGUGUACAAAAGCCACUGGUAUAUUUGGUAAAUGCUCAACUGGUGACGUUAAUGCCUGUGCUGAGGGUGAUAAAACUUGUAUUAUUGGAGAAAUUGGAGUAGCAAAUGCUGUAAGAAACAACUAUAUAAACAACGAUGAUUUAGAUGACUUCUUUGAGGCCACAAGCAAGCCAUAUGAUGAAAGCCUAUUCGCUAAAUAUGGUGAACAAAAGGAAACUGCGGGGAUGUCUGUUAAAUUGUCAAAUGGAGCAUAUGCUUCUCUCCCUACAUUAAAUGAUGAGAUGAUAAAUGAGAAUACAACAGAGAAGUCAAUUGAAUUGAGAUUAAAGCUGGACACAAAAGUUGACGGAACGGUUUUGAGUGUGGCUAAUGCAAACACGACAUUCGGUAUUAUUGUCAAAAAUGAACAAUAUGCAAUUAAGUAUGGAGAUGAAAUUUACAAAACUGGUGUUCCAGUUACUGUAGGAACUUGGACCAACCUUGGCAUCUCUUUAAAUGAAACCUCUGGAAAAUUAGUUUUCUAUGAAACUAAUGGAUUAAACUUUGGUCAACACAAAGUGAUAAACAUAUCUGAAGGAAUAGAGAAAUAUGGUCCUCCAAUUACAGAAGGAAGUACAGCACUCAUUGGUAAAUGGCAGAAUGUAACAACUCUGAUAAAGACAUCUGGACCUGGGAGUAUUGCAGAAUCACCAAUUUUAACAGUUGAUAGAGUGUCUGUGUUUAAGGGAAUAAUUACAAAAGAAGAUGUCAAUAAUCAUUUUUCACAGAAUUAUGAAAAACAAGAAUCAGCUGUGUCAUCAUCUGGAGGUGGAGGACUAAGUUAUGACCCUUUAACAGAAAAGGAGAUUUUGCUUUGUGUCAAUUUUGAUGAAGGCUCUGGAAAAGAAAUAAUUGACUCAGUAACAGGCAAUACUGGAUUAUUAGGUUUUGAUGGCAAUCUUGAAUGGGUUAAAAGUGAUCCAGACAUAACUGAAUUAAGUGUACCUAAUCAAAGAAGUUUUUCUACUAUUACUGAAGAUACAGAAAUUCAACAGAAAUGUAAUUUAUUGAAAAGUGCUCUUCAGUCCGAUUGUGGCCAGGCACAGGAAUUGAUAGACUACACAUUUGUGGCAUGUCAAAGUGAUGCACUUGAAUCGGGAAGUGUUGAUAAUGCAAUUGACAUAGCUUUAGCUUCCUCAAAGGAGUGUAUGCAAAUGUCAGGUUCAACUACCAACCCGUUAAAUAGUUUAUGCAAGGAGUUCGGAGCAAGGCAAUUUCCAGUGAUGGGAGGUGAAGACUGUUUGGAAAAAUGUACGUUUGGAAACUUUGUAAAUGAGGUUUGCAUAUGUAAAGAUGGCUAUUUUGGCUCUGAAUGCGAGUCCGAGUGUCCAGGUGGUCAUGAAACGCCUUGUAAUAAUCAUGGAACAUGUAAUACUUCCACUGGAAUAUGCUCAUGCGAUUACGAAUGGAGCGGAGAUUCAAGUUGCAGUACUUGUCAAGAGGACUGGGAAGGUGAAAAGUGCAACAUUCAGAAAACAGACCCUUCAACGGACAUUGAUGAAAUUGGCGGUGAUGCUGAUAAUACUAAUGAGUUGGAAAAUCUUGAUGGAACAACUCCUGAUAACAUUAAUGAUGGAAAAGGAAUGGUUUGUAGAUUGAACGGAAACAAUGGGAAGACAAGAAUGUUCAGAAAAGCAGCAAAAAAAUAUAAAAAGACAUUUGAUAAAGUUGUCCUGUUGGAAAUAGAAAAUCUACGAAUAUUGGUACGACAGAACAAGAUAAAGUUAAAAAGAAAAGGCAAAAGAAUAUCACGUCUCGUCAUAGACAGGGUUUUCAUUACCUACAGAAGUAACACAAUUAAUUUUGAACUCAUCAAAAAGAAGAAAACAAAGAAUGGCAAGCGCCGAUACAAAGCUUUUAUUGACGGUGUUAAAUGGAAUGGAAAAACUGAAGGCCAGCUUGUCGGAAAAAUGUUAAUGACAAGAAAGAAUGCACGGAAAAUGAUCAUUAAGAUUAGCGAAAUAGGAUUCAGAAUGGUUAUAAGAAGGGGCAAUAUUUUCUUCAGAGUAAAUAUCAGGUUGUCCUCUCGUUCAUGGAUAAGCAAGGGUCUAUGCCACUACGUGCCUGAUAAUUCCUCAGGAUUAAUGAAAGGUGAUUACACGGCUUAUACAGAUCCAACUACUUUGCCAGACCAGAUAGGCACAUAUUGCUCAUCUGAUGCAGAUUUCGGUAAUGACGAGUUUAUUGAUAACACUGACGUCACCGACAAAGACUCUGGCUUAGCAAUAUGCUGUAACUCCGCCAGUGCGAAUACAAAGAACUUCCGGUUGUUUGACGUGUCAACUAAGGAAAUAACCAUUUCAUUUUACCUCAAAACAUGCACAGGCUGCCAUGGCGUAAUUUUCUCGUAUGUGAAGAAGACUCCAUUUAGUCUAGAUUAUAAUGACGGAGAACUUAUUAUGUAUUAUGGACAGGACUAUGAGUGGCGGACUGGUAUUGAGCUCUUCGAUAACAAAUGGCAUCAGAUAGUAUUAACAUACUCAAGAAAGGCAAAGAAAAUUGUUCUUUACGUCUUCAAUGAAAACAGCGGAAAUACACCAACAGUUUACAAAGUUGAGAAAUUCAGAGAAGCAAAUCCGUUUAGAAAUGGUGGCUCUCUUUCUCUUGGCAAGUUCCAAAUUAGCCAAGAAACCAACGGAUGGAAGAAGACUGACUCCUUUGUGGGCUGCUAUGAUUCCCUAGUGUUUGCCUCGAAAGCCCUUGAUGCCAAUACUGUGUCAUCCUUAUAUUCAAAGAAAUUAGACAUUGUUGAAUCAUAUAUCAAAAGUUUAGACACGACUGUCUACUACUAUGACUUUGACGAGGAAGCAUCUUAUACCGAUGGCUUCAUGGAGAUAAAUUUGGAUGAUGAAACUUUGGAAGCUACUUUUGGCAAGAAAGCGAAAAGAACCAGAAUGAAAAUAUACAAUUACCCAUUAAACUCCUGCUACCAGAGAACAUCUGACAGUCCGCAGUUUGAUGAAGACGAAACAGAAUUGUUACUUGAUAGAAAACGACGUGAUGUCAGUAAUAAUUACCGUGCAAUUCAGAAUAAUAUCCUUGAGCGGAACGCAGAGAAAAAUGAACUUAAAACGGGUACACAUAUGAUAAGGACAAAAAGAGAAAGCACAUACGAUCCAUUUUGCAACAAUGUAUUCAGUGGGAGCUCUUCAUCAUUAGCGGCAAUUUGCAGUACAGUUUCCACAGAAAUAAGGAACGAAGCAAUAUUUGAUUGUGAAGAUGCCGAUAAUGAUGGAGAAGAAAGAGCACUUGCAAUAUCUAGUUUUGCUGAGGACUGUCAAGACUAUCUUGAUCUUGAUGUAUGGCCAGCAGAAAAUACUUGUUCGGAAUUUGAGAACGAAUUUAAUAUGUUUCCUUAUAUGGAUGAAUCUUGUAGUCCUGAGUGCUAUUUCGGAUCCCGUGAUUCUUCCUCAUCUAAAUGUCAAUGUGAUGAUGGCUAUUGGAAUGAAACAUGCUCUGCAAUAUGCCCAGGUGGUGUCGAAGAACCUUGUAGUGGAUUUGGAACAUGCGACCAAACAAACGGAAAAUGCAACUGCCCAAUAAGUAAGAUGGGGUCUGAUGAUUGCAGUGAAUGUACAGGUGGUUGGUAUUCCUCUAAUUGCGACAUUGCUAUUGAUGGAAGAAAUGCUGAUGUUAGCCUUUCAUUUACAAGCGUUGGUCAGUUGGGAUUGUUGUAUACUUUAGACGGAAUUAGCCAUGUGGUUAAAACACAAGGAGAACUUCUUCUAUUAGCAAUUUCUAGUAAUGUAGUCAUUCACGGAAAAUUUGUAACAUGUUAUCAAAACUACUCAUGUAUGUCAUUUUUAGCAGCACGAAUCGGUGACAGUACGACAGGUUUUGCAACUAUCACAAUUCAGGCUAGAAGAAUAUUCAACUCGAAGCCCAUCGUUUACAUAAACAGUCUUUUAGAAGUCCUAGACAAUCCUAGAUAUUUUGAUGGUUUUAAAGUGUACAGAACAAACUUUUUUGAGGUGAUCAUAAUGGUGAAAGAUCUUAUUACUAUUCAUGUAAGAACUGUUGAACAGUAUUUGCACUUCAAGACCGAAGUUCCAAAUAAUUAUGUAGGACAUACGUCAGGAUUACUCAGUGGAGGUAUGAAUGAAAAUAUCACGAACAAACUUGAACAUAUCUAUAGCGCCAUUGUUCCUGACUUUGAUGCUUGCAACAAUGCAUAUCAAGUACAAUUGGCUCAAGUUGCAGAAAGCUCAUACACGUUAUUAUUAACGAGUUUUGAACAUUCAUUUGGAACCGAAACCGAAUUUAGUAUAACAAGAUUUAAGGUGAACGAAUGUAACAGCAUCAUUCACUACCCUAGCGAUGAAUACAAAUAUCAAACACAAGGAGGCUACGGGCUAAGCUUUAGUAAAUCAAGUCUGACUCACACAUUUAACAUUGAUACCAGCAUUACAUCAGAAAUAACAAUAGAACUUUUAGUUAAACAGAAUGAAGCAAAUGAUGGGGGUGUCCUUUUCUCCUUUACUAGCGAUGUUUCCCUCAUUUUUGUGUCGGGACAAUCUUCUCUCGAAAUCCAUACAUACUCAGCUGAUAAUGAAACAGUGUUUAAUACAGGCUUAGAACUCAAUGAAGAUUUCUGGAACAAAAUUGUAAUGACAUAUAGCAAUGAAGAUGGAACAGCAACUGUAUUUGUAUUUGAUAAAGAUUCAGCCGUCUCAACAAGUGGGAGUUUUGAACUUAUAUCUGGCAUUUUUAAUAACACUGGAAUUCUGACAAUAGGACACUGGCAAGCUCCAUCUGAUAGUAGGCAAUAUUCGAUACCUUCUGGUUUUGAGGGAAGUAUAGAAAACUUUUUGAUUUGGAAUGUUAUUGUAUCGGAAAGCGAGGUGACUGAACUUUGGGGCAUGGACCCUGCAAUUCCUACAGAAAGCCUUCUGUUUUCUCUACAAUUUGAUGAAGGGGAUGGCCUUUUGACAUCAGAUAGUAUUUCAAAUGUACAAGUUUCACUCCCAGAAUAUCCAUGGAAGUCGCCCGAAUGGUUUAUAUCCGAUCUUGAAUAUUCUAGCACGAAUUCUCCUUAUUUUGCAUUAAUCUACUUUAAAGAUACAGCAACUGAAACUCAGGCUUAUGCAAUUUGCAAUUCAGCAUUCAAUCGUACAGACUGUCAAAAUAUCUCUAACUCUGUGAAAGAAUCUUACUACAUUAUUUGUCUCCAGAUUUUAUCCGUAUCAGGCGAUGAGAAGUCGGGAAGUAACGCUAUACUUGAUAUGCUCAACAUGUGUCAAUCUCAGCAUAAUGUAUCAUCUUCUGAUAUAAUAACCUAUUGCAAUGGUCUAGAAGGUACAGUGAAAAACGGUACAUUGUGUACUUCGGAGUGUGCCUUUGGGUUUGAAUAUGACAAUGGAACAUGUGAAUGCUUUAGUGGUUAUUUUGGCACAAAUUGUGACGCAGUUUGUCCUGGCGAUUCAGAAUUUCCAUGUAGUAGUCAUGGGGUGUGCAGAUCGGACGGUAGUUGCGAUUGCUGGUGGAAUUGGGAAGGAAACAGUGAUUGUUCUUCGUGUUCCUCGGAUUCAGAUGGCUCGAUGAUGGGACCUGACUGCAGUAUACUAAGCACAACAUCACUUGCUUCAGGAUCAAGAAAAGUUGCAGCAGUGUCAAGCAACGGCUAUUACAUGACAUUUGAAGGACAACAGAUUUCUUUUAUUGGAGAAGCUGGGGCAUUUAUGCUUUUCUACUCUUCAUUCUUACAGGUAAAGAUACAAGUUUACCAAGUGAGUUGUCACUAUGGCUCGUGUAUUGCUGCUAUCUCGGUGGUUUCUGAUACAAACAGCAUUGUGAUUGCACCUGCUGGUGAAGGGUAUAGGCCUUUAUUAUACAUAGAUGGUACUCUGACAGAACUGAACGAUAUAACAAACACCUAUGGAUCUGGUCCAACAUUGGAAGUUACUCAAAGUUCACUUACUGAAAUAAGUGUGAAAGUCACAAGUAUUGGGAGCCUUACUGUCAACGUACUUACUCAGGAACAAUUUCUACAAGCAGCCAUAACAACAGACCAAACCGUUUGUCAACAGGGAACAGGAGUAUUUGGCAAUUGCAGUGGUGGUGUGGACUACUCAUCUUUGACAGUGGGUGAAAUUUCUGAUUAUGUUACUAACAAUUUCCGCCUCACCAGCAGUAUCAUCUUGGAAGCACUGGAAAUUCCCGUUGGUGAUGGUUCUUCUAUAACGGGAUAUGCUCUUAAUUUCAAUGGAACAGCUGCUUUGUCCAAAAAGAUAUCUUACCCUUCAGGAUUUUCCACUACAGGAAUCGACAUAAGUAUAUCGAUGUAUUUCAAACCAGCAAGUUACGGUGGAUAUUUACUUUCAUACAGUAAAACUACAAAUUUUGCCAUUUUCAAUACGGAUCCAAUUAAAAUCCAAUAUUUGAAUUCAAUACUUGAAACAACUUUUUCGGCUGAGUUAGAUGUAUGGAAUCAGCUAAUUUUAACAUUUAGAAGAGAUGCAAAAGAAGUAGAAAUCUAUUUGUUUGGUAACAAUUCAAAAAUCGCGCGCGAAAUUCAUUCAUUUGAUUGCCCUAAUAUUUUUGAAAGUGGCGGAACUAUUAUGUUAGGAGAAUACUUACCAUCUGUGAAUAGUGCAAAAUACACUUAUAAUUCAGAAACUUAUUCUGGUUUGAUUGAUGAGUUUACUAUUUGGAAAAAUGCAAUUCCAGAAAAAUUAAUAUACCAGGCACAUCUUCUAAGAACAAAAGAAUCGGGAUUUAUGUCAGAACUUGCCUCAUUAGUAACAUUUUCUGAAGGGGUCGGAAAUACAGCCUUUGAAUUAGUAAAUGGCAUUAAUAUAAUUUUACCCACUUCUCCUUGGCAAUCCCCAUCAUGGACUGUUUCUGAUUUGAGCCUACAUGCGUUAAGAGAAACCGUUAAUGAAGCGUAUGCAACAGUUGAUAUAGAUCCAGAGGUAGAAACAAUAUGUUCAUUAUUCUUUGAUUCACCUACAGUUUCCAGUAAUUGUGGAAGUGUUUCUAAUUUUAUAAGAUGGUGGUAUAAACAAACAUGCAUGAUAACAGCAACCAACACUGAAAAUGUAACCGACACGACAAUGGCCAUGGUUGAUUAUACAUCAGUAUGCGGGGUUACGGGAGGAACCACGUCAAGCAUUUAUGACGAACUAUGUGGGCUUGACAUAAGCUAUCCGGGAUGGUUGAGUCAAAAAUGUUCCGGUUGCGCAUUUGGCUAUACAGAAAAUGAUGUGUGCGUUUGCUAUUAUGGUUAUUAUGGGAACCAGUGUGAUAACGUUUGCCCAGGUGGCAUUAUCAAUCCUUGUAAUGGAAACGGGGAAUGUGACGUGACAGGAAAAUGCCAAUGUAACGGGCAUUGGACAGGUUCUGAAUGUAACACUUGUGACAGUGGGUGGUCUGGUGAUGAAUGUUUACAAUACACUGAUGUAUCCUACCAACCAAUCGACAGUAAUGAAAUUCUUGUAGCACAGGUCAAUUUGAUUGGACAAUUUUUAAUGUUUGACGGUGCAAUUUUGGAUGUACCUCUAAGGGGGUACUUCAGCCUUUUAUCUAUAGAUAACCUAGAUAUUGAGCUUCAUGGACGAUUUUCAGUUUGUGAGUCCGAUGCAGUUUCUCAUCUUUGUCUUGUAGGAGUUUUAAUCAUUCAUGGCAAUGAAAAGGUUUAUAUAAGCCACAAGGCAUAUACAAAAGCAGAAAAAAAUCCAAGGGUUGAAAUCAUGACAGCAACGGGAGAAAUUAAUGUUUUUGAUUCUUUGACACUAGGCUUUGUGUCCAUAAAAUUAGUGACAAAAGCAUCUCUGAGUGUAACAGUAGAUAAUUCUGACUUAAUUGUGAAAGUGUCAUCAAUCAGUGAUAGACUUUUAGCAACUAUAUCACUACCAAAGACUGAAUGGGAUAGUCGCCGUUCAACAAUUGAUGGCCUAAUGACUGCCUGCGAUACCUCUGUUGCGAUUAAAUCAGCUAAUUGUAGUGUUAGUCGAGAAUCGAUUUGUACUGAUGCAUCACAAGACAUACCAGACUACUGUGAAAUGACACAAACAAAAAGUGCUUUUGAAAUGUAUCUUGAUAACGCAAUUUUCGCAGACCAGUCGUUUAUUUCUCGAAUAGAAGAAAAAUAUCCCGCAACCAUGGCUCCAAACUGUUUCAACUAUUCCGGAGCUGGUGUAUCUGUGACUGGACUUUCUCUUCCUGAAUCCGAUUUCACAUUAGAACUACAUGUACAUCCUUUGACAACAGGAGGAAUUAUUCUAACAUAUCAUUUCGAUGGUGAAUACAUAAUUCUAAUAAAUCAUCAAGAUGGACUCAUUAUGGUAGUAAAUGACGUUUACUAUACUACAGGCAUGCCACUUUUAACAAGUUCAUGGAACCAAAUAAGCCUGGCUUGGAGAGAUGACGUUGACAUUUUAGAAAUGUAUCUCACAGACGAGAAUGGUACUUCCACGGUUAAAGCUAUACCUGUUCCUGGAUCAGUAUUUACAAAUGGUGGUACAUUGACUCUAGGUCAAAUAACUCCAGGACUCGACGUCGAUAUUGCAAUGGGGGAUUUCACGGGGUACAUAGACGAAGUGCGAAUUUGGUCCCGCCCCCAUAAUCCCAACAAUUAUCACAAGUAA